AUGGCCCUUUCUCGCCUCAUCAAGAGGGUUUCGACGCUGCAGCUUGCACCGACGGCCAGGGCGCUCACACAUGGUUCGCCAGCAUGCCCAUUCCGACCGAGCCAUUUUUCUGGCUUGUCGAGUCAUAGUGACCUCUCGAUCCGGCGGCCGGUAAACAGCAGGGCACCAACUGGUUGUGGUGUGGCCGCAGCAUCCAUGGUCGCGACAAGGAUUGACGGAACGGCAAUCGCCCGGAAGGUGCGCGAGCGGCUGCAAGCCGAGAUCGCAGGGAAGAAGGGCAUCAAUCCGCGCUUCCAGCCCUGCCUUAAGAUCAUCCAAGUGGGUGAUCGCUCCGACUCCUCUACCUAUGUUCGCAUGAAGUUGAAGGCCGCCGAGGAGUGUGGCAUUGCCUGCGAGCUCAUCAAGUUCGACGAAACUGCUACCGAGGCCGAGCUGGUUGCCCGCGUGGUCGCUCUUAACAAUGACCCGGCUGUGCACGGUAUCCUGGUGCAGCUGCCGCUUCCAAAGCAUGUCUCCGAGUACAACGUCACGUCGGCUGUGGCCAGCGAGAAAGAUGUCGACGGCUUCGGCACCUACAACAUCGGCGAGCUGGCCAAGCGCGGCGGGCGCCCCUUCUUCGUCCCUUGCACCCCGAAGGGCGUCAUGGUGCUUCUCGAUGAGGCCGGGGUGGAGCUGGCCGGCAAGACUGCCGUUGUGCUUGGGAGGAGCGACAUUGUUGGCAGCCCUGUCAGCUACCUCCUGAAGAACGCCGAUGCCACCGUCACCGUUUGCCACUCCAAGACCAAGGACCUGGACAGCUACCUCAAGGAUGCUGAUGUGCUGGUCGUCGCCAUCGGGAAACCGGGAUUUGUCAGGGGAGAGCAGCUCAAGCCAGGGGUUGUUGUCAUUGACGUGGGCACCAAUUACAUUCCCGAUGCUACCAAGAAGUCCGGCCAGCGUCUGGUUGGCGACGUCGACUUCGAGUCGGCCUCCCAGGUUGCUUCCCAAAUCACACCGGUCCCGGGCGGUGUGGGUCCCAUGACCGUGGCCAUGCUCCUUCACAACGUUGUGGAUGCUGCGACUCAGUCCUUUGAAGCGGAGAAGCAGAGACAUAUUGUGCCCCUGCACCUCAAACUCCUGGAUCCUGUUCCGUCUGACAUUGCCAUUUCCCGGGCACAGGCGCCCAAGCCUAUCACCCAGAUAGCCAAGGAAAUUGGCAUCUCGCCUUCGGAAUUGGAGCCAUAUGGCUCCUACAAGGCCAAGGUUGAUCUCAGUCUCCUGAAGCGCCUCGGCCAUCGUCGCGAUGGCCGUUAUGUCGUCGUCACAGGAAUCACCCCUACCCCUCUUGGUGAGGGCAAGUCCACGACGACAAUGGGUCUUGCCCAGGCGCUCGGCGCCCAUGUUGGCCGUGUCACAUUCGCCAACGUGCGGCAGCCCAGCCAGGGCCCGACCUUUGGCAUCAAAGGAGGUGCCGCUGGCGGCGGCUACAGCCAGGUCAUUCCCAUGGACGAGUUCAACAUGCAUCUGACUGGCGACAUCCACGCAAUCACGGCCGCAAACAAUCUCCUCGCCGCCGCUAUCGACACGCGCAUGUUCCACGAGAGCACCCAGAAGGAUGCCGCCCUGUACAGGCGCCUCAUCCCUGUCAAGAAUGGCAAGAGAACGUUUGCCCCCGUCAUGCUGCGUCGCUUGAAGAAGCUGGGCAUCGACAAGACGGAUCCUGACUCGCUAACCGAAGACGAGAUCCGUCGCUUUGCUCGCCUUGACAUCGACCCGGACACCAUCACUUGGCGGCGCGUUCUCGAUGUCAACGACAGGCACCUGCGCGGCAUCGUCAUUGGCAACGCGCCGACCGAGAAAGGCCACAGCCGCGAGACUGGCUUCGAUAUCUCUGUGGCCAGUGAAUGCAUGGCCAUUCUGGCCUUGAGCACGAGCUUGGGCGAUCUCCGGGAGCGCCUUGGUAGGAUGGUUGUCGCCAGUUCGAGGAGCGGCGAGCCUGUUACCUGCGAUGACAUCGGUGCCGGCGGUGCGCUCACCGCUCUGAUGAGAGACGCCAUCAAGCCGAAUCUGAUGCAGAGCUUGGAGGGGACUCCCGUGUUCGUGCAUGCGGGUCCCUUCGCCAACAUCAGCAUCGGCAACAGCUCCAUCUUGGCGGACAAGAUGGCGCUGAAGCUCGCCGGCACUGAGCCGGACGAGGACCACACCUCCAAGGCUGGCUUUGUCGUGACCGAGGCCGGCUUUGACUUCACCAUGGGCGGUGAGCGCUUCUUCAAUAUCAAGUGCCGCACCUCGGGACUCGUUCCGGAUGUAGUUGUCGUCGUUGCCACCAUCCGCGCGCUCAAGGUUCACGGAGGCGGCCCGCCCAUCUCGCCCGGCGCUCCUCUUCACGCCGUAUACCGGGAGGAGAACGUCGACAUUCUACGCAAGGGCUGCGUCAACCUGGCCAAGCACGUUGCCAACGCCAAGUCGUAUGGCGUGCCCGUCUUGGUGGCCAUCAACAAGUUCGCGACCGACACGCAGGCCGAGAUCGACGUAGUCCGCGAAGAAGCCAUUAAGGCUGGCGCUGAGGACGCAGUCCUUGCCAACCACUGGGCCGAAGGUGGCAAGGGCGCCGUCGACCUUGCCAAGGCCGUCAUCGCCGCCGCCGAGAAGCCCAAGGAUUUCAAGCUGCUCUAUGGCCUCGAAGGCACCGUCCAGGAGCGCAUCGAGAAGAUUGCGUGCGACAUGUACGGCGCCGCCGCUGUCGAGUUCAGUGAGCUUGCGCAGAAGAAGGUCGACACGUACACGCGUCAGGGCUUCGGAAAUCUGCCCAUCUGCAUCGCCAAGACGCAGUACUCUCUUAGCCACGACCCAGAGCUCAAGGGCGCGCCCACGGGCUUCACGGUGCCCAUCCGGGAUGUGCGUAUGGCUGCUGGGGCAGGUUACCUCUACGCGCUGGCUGCCGACAUCCAGACCAUUCCCGGUCUGCCUACCGCCCCGGGCUAUCUGAACGUCGAUGUCGAUACUGAGACGGGCGAGAUUGACGGCUUGUUUUGA